GGCUAGGGGGCCUAGCGCUUUGGCCAGAACAGGCCUUUAAUUUUUACAAUUUUUAACAAAUUUAGUACAUAUUUAGGGUUAGGUUAGAUCAGGGUUCCUCCCAGGCUUUUUGUGGCAGGUCAGGAUAAAAGCAAAAGUGGCAGAUUCUCAAAAAGUGGCAGAAUUUACACACAGCCCGCGAAAACUUCGAAGAAGUUUUCUGCGGCAGGGGGUCACAAGGGGGGCAGAGCUCCCCUUGCAGAGAAAAUUUUGGGAUUUUGGUAGUAGAAUAGAGCGUUUUGGUGCUGUUAAAAGGUCAAUUACCAGGUCCCUAAUAUAAAAUUUUCAUUACUAUUUUUCAUGAAACCUUGGGAUUUUUAUAUUUUAUUGUUUAAGAUGCCUUUCUGAAGUCAAGUAAGAUUAGCUUUAGAAAAUUGGAAUACAUACAUGUGUGACGCUUAAUUUAACCAAUUACAAUGAAAAAGUGACCGAAUUUACACACAGCCCGCGAAAAUUUCGAGAAAAUGUUGGGAUUUUGGUAGUAGAAUAGAGCGUUUUUGGUGCUGUCAAGUAUAUGCACAGAUUAGCUUUUGAAAAGGGGGAAUAUAUUUGUGAAGCUUAAUUUAACCAAUUACAAUGAAAAAGUGACAGAAUUUACACACAGUCCGCGAAAACUUCGAAGAAGUUUUCUGCGGCGGGGGGUCGCAAGGGAGGCAGAGCCCCCCUUGAAGAGAAAUCUUUUGGAUUUUGGUAGUAGAUUAGAGCGAUCUGGUGUUGUAAAAAGGUCAAUAACCAGGUCCCUCCCAUAAGAUUUUCAUGAAACUUUGGGUUUUUUUAUAUUUUAUUGUUCAAAAUUUUUUGUGAAGUCAUGUAUGUGCACAGAUUAGCCUUUUAAAAGGGGGAAUACAUGUGUGACGCUUAAUUUAACCAAUUACAGACCGAUAAUUUUAACCAAUAACAGAAAAGAUCUCAGAUUUACACUUUUUGCGCGUUCACCCUUAGCAGAACUGAUGGCGUAUCUUUCGACCUACGCACAUGCGCUAUACUCAACUUCUGACCUACGUCAAAUCCGCUAAACUACACAUCCGACCUACAAACAACUGGUUUUACAGCUGCAUGAUGGUGGGAGGGGAAUCUAAAGAAAAUCCACCGCCCCCACCCCACACCCAAAUAUUUAAGAUUCCAGUUCUAUUUACGCAAGAGGUUAAGAACGUACUUAUUGACUACCAGGGGGUGCAGGAAAUGUUAACAAGGAACUUAAACGAAAUUAUCGAUUUGAACGAAGGGGAGCGGUUUGUUAAACUCUUUUGGAAUGAUUUCAUCCGAGAAAUCCACGGUUUGGGACAUAUUCAUCUACCAAAUAUCCUUGAGAAGCUAGUUACAAACAACGGGUUAAUCAUUUUCCAAGAGAAUAUUUACAGGAAUUUUGUCAUUAUGCUGAGUAGUUUUCAUGAAGCUGGUUUAGUGGAUAAUUAUACUUUCUUCAAAACAAUUCAAAGCCUGCAGGAGCGUGUUCACACCCCUGCUAGUCCUGCUAGUCCUGAAAUUAGAUCUAGGUUUCUAAAAAGAAAUUCUCUUUCUCAUUGUCUCUACAGGCGGAAAGUCAAGAAAGGUCUUUGGAUGGAUGAAAAGGAGAGUGUCAUAAGAGAUGAGUCGAGACUUUGGGACAAAAAUUCUUCCCAGAAGAGCGUAGAACCAAUGAUUAUUGAGAUAUCUGAUUCCACUGAGUCUACUGAUUCUGAGCCUGAUAGUGAUCAAACUUUAGAUAAGUUUCUAAAAUCAAUCCAGAGCUCACAGUCCACCCUCAAUCCAACAGCACAGAAACGACCCAAACGUUGCUUGAUCGAAUUAUCAGAAUCUGAAAACCUAGAAGAAAUUUUAUCCUCCACGAAGUGCUCGGGAAAGAAGAAAAUCAAGCAGAGACCAACUGAACGGAUGAUCCUUCAGUUAUCCAGUGAAUCCGAGUCUGAUUAAGAGGAUUAUUGGAUUAUCUCCAAUCUUUAGCGCCAAAAUACGCACAAAAUACGUACUCGAAAAACUUACUAUUUUCUGCUAGAAAACUACAAAAGAAACCUUUUACAUUUAAAAAAAUGAUACAUUGUUUAUUUUUCAAAUUUUCUGAUUAGUCCCUAAAAUCGCAACUUCGAGCUAUACACGAUAUAAUGUGGGACACCCUGUAUUAAAUUUGUUUGAAUUAUUAGUAUCCAAAACUUGCAUUUUUAUUUUGUAUCCUGUAUGUCAAGAGUCGUUUAUAAAUGUCAUUUUUACAUUUAGUCAAGGCUUAAAGAUAAAAUGUGUUGUUUAAUGAUAAUAAUGUUGAUUGAUUUUGAUUUUCGUUGUCUGUCUAAUUUUUUAAAAUCAAUUUUUUGUUUUGGAAGACGACAAUUCCGAUAGUUUUACGAUUCCAUUGUUCGACAGCAGACUCAACUAUCUAUCUAUCUUCGUUAGAAUUUAGAAAGGAGAAUACUUAACUUGGAGUUAAAAUUUGAACUACGCUUGAGAUUGUUAUCAUUUGUUUGAUCAGAUAUAUAUAUUAAUUGUUAAGUAUUUGUUAUAUUCAAAAUGAAGUGUCAUUUGUUUACUAUGAGAUGGAACUUUUUUUCAGA